AUGAAUCUGGCCGUUGAAACUGAUCACAUGCCAAACAUAAAUCAGACGGGUGAUGCCUCUGCUGGAAAAGCCAAUCCCUUGACAGGGCUGGUGAGAAGGAAAUGCCAGGCGUGUGCAAAUCUUCGCCCUGAACUUUUGCUUCGGGUGAACAUUUCAAGGGCUGCCGUCGGGGUGCCUGGACUUGCAUCGUUUGGGACGGGUGAGAACGGCAAGGAAGGAAUGCGUCACCAACCCUUCUUCCCUUCGCCCGGACAUGAGCAUCAGCAGCUUCACCUCCGUCCUGCCCAACAGGCCACACGGUUGGGCACCGAACGGAGCUCGUUCGGCAGCUCUGAAGACCACUGCAACCGGCCCCAACAGUAUCCUGGUUUUAAAAAAAUGAAGAAGGAGAAAUACUUUUGCCAGUCAGUCUCAACGUUAGGCAAUCUAAGACUGGAUACGAACUGUGUGAGCCGCCAGUCUCUUUCUCUCCCCCCCCCUCACUCCACCCUUCCUUCCUUCUGCAUUGCACACAUUCCUAGCAAACCUCCGAGGCACCAAAGCAAGGCCAGCCAACGUUUUGCACGGUUAACCCUUUCAAAACUCCAGCUGAGAGAGUCCGCCAGGGCUUUGGGGCCCCAAAAACCAGACUUGCUUGAGCUUAGAGGGGAAGAGAAAUAUGGCAGGGAGAAGGUUCUUGCCCGCUUGCUGGUUUUCCCUGUUCUCUUCCUCUCCCCCCCAACCUCUGAGCCCAGGGAGGGGUUUUUUUGAGCGUUUGGCUGAGACUGCCUGGACAUGGUUACUUUGAAAAGCAAAUGUUUGAUGCCCCGAGCGACUGAAAAUAUCCAGCUCUUCUGGAGGAACACAGUGGCUCUAUCUCCAGGAGGAUCUGAGAACUUAUUUUCCAGCUGCAAAACAAGAGGCACUCAGGAUACAGCUGAAAGAACAUAGACUCCCCAGAGAUCUUCUAGUCCAACCCCAUAGUCAAAGCAGGAGAUCUUAUACCAACCCCCGUCAAAGGGCAGUCCAAUCUUUUCAUGAAAACCUCAAUGAUGGAGCACCCGCAACAUGCAAGCCACUCCAAUUGUUCUCAAUGUGAAGAACUUUCUCCUUAGUUCUAGGUUGCUUCUCUCCUACAUAACUUUCCGUCCGUUGCUUCUUGUCCUGCCUUCCGGUGCCUUGGAGAAUCAGUCAAUCCUCUCUUCUCUGUAGAAAAGGUAAAGGUUCCCCUCGCACAUAGGUGCUAGUCGUUCCCGACUCUAGGGGGCGGUGCUCAUCUCCGCUUCAAAGCCGAAGAGCCAGCGCUGUCCGAAGACGUCUCCGUGGUCAUGUGGCCGGCAUGACUCAACACCAAAGGUGCACGGAAUGCUCUUCCCUUCCCACCAAAGAUGGUCCCUAUUUUUAUCCUUGCAUUUUUUUUUAAGUGCUUUCGAACUGCUAGGUUGGCGGAAGCUGGGACAAGGAACGGGAGCUCACCCCGUUACGCGGCACUGGGGAGUUGAACCGUUGAACUGCCGACCUUUCGAUCGACAAGCUCAGCGUCUUAGCCACUGAGCUACCGCAUCCCUUCUCUGUGACAGUCCCUCAAAUAUUGGAAGACUGGUCCUCCCUCCUUAAUCCUUCUCUCCAUUAGACUAGAGUCAUACCUAGCUCCCUCAAUUGUUCAUCCCGUGAUUUAGCCUCCGGUCCCCUUGUCAUCUUUCUCUCUACGCGUUUCUCUCUACGCGUUUAGCCUAUUUUGUGCAUCGUGGGGACCAGAUAUUGGACGCAAUAUUCCGAUACAAAAGCUACGAGGGGCGGAAAAAGCCAUGGGAAGGUAUGCGCUUGGCAACACAAGACGAGAUAGAAAGACCUGCGCAUGGAUUAGAGGAAGAAGCAAAAAAAAUAUACGAUGCCAUCAAGAGAACUGCAAUGGAAGAGGGCUGGCCACAUAGCAAGAAGACUUGAUGGCGGGUGGACCAAGGCAGUCGUAGAAGGGAUCAAAAGGAGCGAUGACCUCAGCAAGCAUAGGUAGUGCUUGACUUACGACCAAAACUGAGCCCGACAUUUCUGUCACUCAGGGAGACAUGGCUUCAGUGAAUCUUACCCCGUUUUACCACCUUUACCUGGGCACGGUUGUUGAGCGAAUCCCCUGCCAUUGGCAAGUUAGCCACACAGCUGUUAAGUGACUCUGGCUUUUCCCGCCGACUUCGCUCAUAAGUGGGAAAAAUUGGCCGUCGGUGCCUUUUUUCAGCGGCAGUUGUAACUUUGAAGGAACCGUUGUACGUCGUCGUCACUAAACGAAGCGUUGUUAGGUCGAGGACUACCUGUA